AUGGCGAGUGGUUGCCCAUGCCAGGCUCCCAGAACAGUUCGAGUGAACGGCUACCUUGAAACAGAGAUCGGAGGAGACACAAGCCAAGUGCAUGUCACCGAGAUGUCGCAAAUCAUCAAAGCCGCCAUGCUGGUGGCGGUGGCGCUGUCGUCCUCCGUGAAGGGGGAGCGGGUGGAGGCCGUCCCUGCCGAGGAUGACCUUCUCCUACCACUGGAAAGCCAGCAGGUGGCAGUCGUGGCCAAGGACGACCUCCAAGCCUCUGCCACGGGAUACGGAGGAUACGGAGGCGGAGGUUCCCACAAGGGCCACGGAGGCUACGGAGGCUCCCACUACGACCAGGGAGGCCACAAGGGCCACCAGGGAUACCACGCUGACAAGGGCCACAAGGGCAGCCACUACGGCGACCACGGCAAGGCGCACUACAGUGGUUACAAUGACGACCAUGGCAAGCACUACAAGGGCCAUGACGACAAGCACAAGUACUACGGAGACGCCCACAGCGGCAAGAAGGGAGGGAAGGGUCACCACUACGGCUCCAAAGGUCACCACAACAAAGGUCACAAGGACAAGGGCUUCAAGAACGUGUACCACAAGGAGGAAUACGGCCACACCAAGAAGUUCUACGACGACCACGACGACAAGAAGUACCACAGCAACCACGACGACCUCGAUACCUACUUCAAGGCACACAAGGGCAGCGACUACAAGGGAGGCCACUACAAGGGCGGACACCAUCACGAUGCCCAUGGCCACAAGGGGCACCAAGAGAAGGGCAAAUACCACGACGACCACAAGGGCCAUGAUGGCCACUACGGUGACAAGGGCCACUAUGGCCACAAGAGUUCCUAUGGCGACCACGGUGGACACAAAGCUCAUUAUGGCCACGACGAUCAUAAGGGAUAUGGCCACGGCGGCAACGGCGGUGGAUAUGGACACGGUGGCCACGGAGGUGGACACAGUAGCGGAUAUGGCCAUGGAGGCCAAGGCGGUGGACAUGGUAGCGGAUAUGGCCAUGGAGGCCAAGGCGGUGGACAUGGUAGCGGAUAUGGCCAUGGCGGCCAUGGAGGUGGUUAUGGUCAUGGUGGACACGGUGGAGGCUACGGCGCCCACUCCACCGUCCAGGUCGUCCACCAGGCGGCGCCCAAGAGCUUCGAGUCGUUCGGCAAGUUCGCCUUCGCAGGACACUGAGGAGGAACGCUGUCUCCUCGAUCCACGCCCGGGCACUUCCCAUUGCUGAGUUAUCUGCCCUGUAUAUAAACAUGUUGCU